CCUCUUCUUCUAGACUACUGUGCUCCCCAUACCACACCACCUGUCCUUGUUCUUUCACAGACACAUAAGCUCUGCUCUGCCCAAGCAGAAAAUAGGGGGGAGACAGACAGAGAAGGAAGAAAAAUCAAGCCAGCCAGCCAGCCAGGCAGAGACCAUGUCUUCCCCAAGCAAGAGAAGGGAAAUGGAUCUCAUGAAGCUGAUGAUGAGCGACUACAAGGUGGACAUGAUCAACGACGGGAUGCAGGAGUUCUACGUCCACUUCCAUGGCCCUAACGACAGUCUUUACCAGGGUGGCGUUUGGAAGGUGAGGGUUGAACUGACGGAGGCCUACCCUUACAAAUCGCCUUCCAUCGGGUUCACCAACAAGAUAUACCACCCAAACGUCGACGAGAUGUCCGGUUCCGUGUGCCUGGAUGUGAUCAACCAGACCUGGAGCCCGAUGUUCGACCUCGUGAACAUCUUCGAGGUGUUCCUGCCGCAGCUCCUCCUGUACCCGAAUCCCUCGGACCCCUUGAACGGCGACGCGGCCUCGCUGAUGAUGCGCGACAAGAACGCCUACGACCAGAAAGUCAAAGAGUACUGCGAGAGAUACGCCAAGCCUGAAGACGUAUCCUUGGAGGAGGAGGAGAGCGAUGAUGAGGAGCUGAGUGACGCCGAAGGCUACGGCGACGACUCAGCCGACGAGGCCAUCAUGGGCACCGCCGAUCCAUAGUUAGCUCAGCCAUCCAGCCAGUGAUGCAGCAAGCAGGAUAAUGUUGUCUGUCAGUCUGUACAUAGGGUGCACACUUAUUACUGAUCAUGCUGCCAUGGCAGAUGCUGAAGAAAGUCAUCAGCCAUCAUCAGUCGUUUCGUACUGUGUGUGAAGUCAGUUCCAGUUGAACUAGCUCCCCCACUGUCAGUGUCAUGUCGCUGUGAAUAACUUUUGUCAUUUGGCUGUGUCCAAGUAAUGUUUC